AUGAGUGGAGAAAUGUUGGUUUUUAUCUGUCUGCUUGCGUACUUUUGCGUAGUGCAAGUAAAUACUGAAGAUUUUGAUAUCUCCACAACUACUGAUAGUUCUGCGGAAACGAUCUCUACCACAUCCGGUGGGGAAUAUAGUAAUGGUUUGAUCAUUGGAAAUCUCAGUCUUUGCGGUAAUGUGGCGGAUAAUGUAUUUCUUCCAUUUGUGGGGGAUUGCAAUAGGUACUACCUUUGUCGAUCUGGUCAAGCCAUAGAACUCCAGUGCGAAUGGCCCUAUGAGUUCAAUGCCAAAAACCAGAGUUGUGUGCAUCCUGGUCAGGCUUACUGUUUACCCACCUGCAAAGCCCUGACUUUCAGCACAUUCAGCUACCAGCGAACUUGCACAAAAUACGUGCUUUGUUACUACGGUCAUCCUGUUUUGAGGCAAUGCCAGGAUGGCCUACAGUACAACUCCGAGACCGAUCGGUGUGACUUUCCCCAGAACGUUGAUUGUGUGGAGUCCGAGUGCUCCAUCUACUACAAUGCCUACCAUCUGCGCUAUGUUCCCAGCAAAGUAUCCUGCGAGAAGUACUUCCUCUGCGGCAACGGAAUCCCCAGGGAGCAAACCUGCACUCCUGGUCUCCAUUUCAGCACGAAAUGCGAUUGCUGCGACAUUCCAUCGAAGGCGGGUUGUCAGAUUCCAUUUGAACAGAGGAAGGUUCGGCGAUACUCUCGACUCCUACCUAGAACUACUGAUGGAAUUUGCCCUCCAGAUGGAGUACACUUUUACGCCCACGAAUCACGCCGAGAUGCUUAUUACUACUGCUUCUUUGGUCAUGGUCUGAUCUUGGAGUGCUCUGAGGGUCUGUGGUACGAUCCCAAGGUUCAGGAGUGCCGCGAACCCCAAAAUGUGGGCCUUUAA